AUGUAUAAUGAAAGUAGCAGCAAUAUAAUAAUUACUAUGGAUAAACCAAGAACAAUACUUAUAUACAAUAACAAACCAUACGGAAAAAUGGAAAAAAUCGAAUUGCGUGUAUCGGAUCCAAAUAUAGUUGUAAUUGGAGCUCAUGGACCUAUUAAAGCUCAAAUAGAACCGUAUUUUGAUCCAAUUAGUGGCAAAUUUACAGAAAAUUAUCUGCUGGUUUUCUUUACAUUUCUUAAUGCCUUAUCAUUCAUUCAUUGUACAAUCCAAAAGAACCAUUCCACAACAACUGAAAUUGCUCAAAUUUUAACACCGCUGAAAUCAUCAAAAAUGAUAAGGCACCUUUCAAAACAUUUUAAUGUUGUGACAAUAAAUGAGAAUAAAUUUAUCCUUCGAACAUUACAAAUGUUUGUGCAGCUGAAUCCAAAAAAUGGUUUGUUGGAGACUAUAUAUUUAAAUGUUGCAACAAAUGAUACAGAGCGAUUAUGGUGUAAACAAGAGUUCAAUUUUUACAAGAGUACUUAUAGCGGAGCAUAUAUUAUGACACUUGAAAAUGAGAAGCUUACGGAAUUGAAAAUGACUGGCGCAGAAACUUUUAUUAUUUCGGGAUCAUUGCGUCAAAUUGCUUACACAUUAUCAGAAUUCAUAAAGCAACGUCUCUCAGUCAAUAAUAUUUCCGGAGCAGAAGAAAAUCGUUUACAUAUGCAACUUCGUGUUGAUAUAAGAAAAAUGUCAGAUGUUCAAUUAAUUUCAACAUUUACAACUGAUAUGAUACCAGAUGAUUUCGAAUAUUAUACUGAUAGUAAUGGCUUACAAUUAAUUAAGCGAGCGGAAUAUAAUACAUCUAAUCGACCAGAAAUGAAUUACUAUCCAAUGCCAACAGCAUUGGUACUAAAAGAUUGCUCUAAACGGCUGUCAAUUCUUAGCAAUGUUCCACAUGGUGUUAGAACAUUUGAUAAAAUAAAUUUCGAAAUUAUGCUUGAUCGUCGUUUAAGUACAGAUGAUAGAAAAGGCCUUGGAUUGGAUAAUGAUGGUUUACCGAUGGAUAAUUUACCAGUUAAUAUGGCAUUCACAUUUGUUAUAGAACGAAUGGUACCGGUAAAACAUAAACGGCAACGAUUUGCAUAUAAUACGCUUAAUGCUCAUUUAGCCCUUCAAUCACUCAUUUAUCAACCGAAUAUUUUUAUUUUUUCCGGAAUUCUUGAAAAUUUGCCAUUUCGUCAUUUUCAAUCAUUCCCCUGUGAUGUGCAAUUAUUAACCGUUCGUCCUUUAACAUCCGAUAUAAAUAGACGAUUAAUGAUAUUACAUAGAGCAGGCAUCGAUUGUGACAGUUUGACUCUCCCGAUAUGUCGCGGGAACGAACUUGAUUUAGCGUUAAAAAAAUAUAUGCAAUCGAUCGGCGUAAGAACGGUACAGAAAACAUUAUUGAAUGGUAUUAGGCAAAUAAGCAAAGAAAUGCAUUAUCAAUUAGCGACAUUUUUUCUGGAACCAACCGAUUUUGCAACUUAUCUCAUACGAUUUAAUUAA